AUGGAGGCAUCACCAAGUGACUCCGUGAUGAAGAUGGAUGGCUCCAAGGAACCGAAUCACAACGAGGACUGGGUUCUGGAGGAGACUCGGCCGAAGAAAAGAUCGGGGGUCCUCAAUGUGGCGAUCGCCGGCCUGGCUCUGUUCAGUGAUGGUUACAAUGCCCAGAUUAUCGGCUACAUGGAGCCACUCUUCUCUGUCCUGUACAAGGACGGCAUGUCCUCCACCAUGAAGGCACGUCUUUCCAACUCGUACCUGAUUGGUGAGAUUUUUGGAAUGCUCUUCUUCGGUGUCUUGAUUGACCGUAUCGGUCGUCGGACUGGCGUGGUCACUGCCACAGCCUUUUUGAUCCUGGGUGUGGUUUUGGCGACGGCGGCACACGGUACUACUCAACUUGGAAUGUUCUGGAUGAUGGUCGUUGCGCGUGGUAUUGCUGGCUUCGGCGCUGGAGGUGAAUAUCCAGUUUGUGCAACCAGCGCUACAGAGGCUGCGGACGAGACCGCGCAAUUGCGCAAGCGCCGAGGUUUUCUAGUCGCGGCAACCACCGACUUUGCGGUGGAUCUGGGAUUCGUUGCCGCAGGUCUGGUUGCCCUUAUUGUCCUCGCAUGCUAUCAUCAACAAAACUCGGAGGGAGUCUGGAGGAUUACCUUUGGCCUGGGCAUGGUUUUGCCUCUUGCCGUUUGUUUCUUCCGCGUCCGCAUGAUGAACUCCACCCAGUAUCAAAAGCACGCGAUCAAGUCCAAUUAUCCUUAUUGGCUGGUCAUCCGCCGUUAUUGGAAGCCAAUGCUCGGCACUUCUUUGGCUUGGUUUUGCUACGAUUUUGUCACCUACCCAUUCGGUCUGUUCUCCUCGACCAUCAUUGAACAGUUCAACCCCAACAACACGACUGUCCAAAACAUCGGAUACGGAACGGUUAUUAAUUCUUUCUACCUUCCUGGCUGUAUUAUUGGAGGCUUACUGAUGGAUCGGAUUGGCCGCAAACAAACCAUGACCCUCGGAUUCAUCCUCUGGGCCAUCUGGGGCUUCAUUCUCGGAGGUGCUCUGCAUUCUAUCCAAAGUGUCUUCCCCUUGUUCGUUGUCAUGUAUGGCAUCUUCCAAGCACUCGGUGAGAUGGGUCCUGGUGUUGCCACUUUCCUGUGUGCAGCAGAGUCAUUCCCUACCCCUCUCCGCGGUCAUUUCCUGGGGUUUGCGGCCGCAGUGGGAAAGGCUGGGGCCUCUAUUGGUACCCAGGUCUUCACACCUAUUCAAAACUCGUUCUCCUCCACUGAGAAGGGUCAGCAAGCCGUUUUCCUUAUUGGUGCGGCUUUCACCGUUGUUGGCGGCCUGAUCGCGUGGUUCUUGAUCCCUGACAUGUCCCGAGAGCUGGAGACGGAAGACGCUCGCUUCAAGGCAUAUCUUCAGGAGAAUGGCUACGACAUUGAUCUCUACGGGGAUGCAUUGGUGGUUAAUCGUGUCACCUGA